AUGCCCGAAUCAGCACAGUCGGAAGUAGCAGCGCGACCAGAAGCAGCGGAAAAAGAGGAUCGGAGCCCAUUUCCCCAGUUGACGAGGGAAAGUCCCACGGGAAGGAAGUCAGCAAGAGCAGCUUCAAGGUCUUCGGCAACGAGUUCAACUGCUGACCCAAGUGGAGAUCAAAGAGCUGCAUCUCAAUCUACGCAAUUUUCCGAUCUGGAUUUGAAGGAGGGUGGGCUUGAAGUAAAAGAAGCCCCUACGAUGACUCAUCGAAUUUCCUAG